GAACCGAUUGUCCAUGACGUUUAGUUUAAUCUUAUUUCAAAUUAAAAAUUGUUUGCUGCCAAACAAACUUAGCCACACCCGUAUUACUUUUAUAACUGAUUAUUUGUUAAAGAAAAUAAAAUUUUACAAUACAGAUUGCACUAACAAGAAGAUAAACAUCAAUAUAAUUAAUAUGUUAACUAGAAGUAUAAUAUUCUUUUCACUUUUGUCAUGUACUUACUUUAUUGGAGUAAAUAGCCUCGAAUGCUAUGUUUGUGAUUCACAAGAGGACAAUUCAGAAAAAUGUAUUAAAACCAUUAAAACGUGCACCAACAAUGAGACUGUUUGCCUAACUGAAAUAAAAUGGGGAACGGCUCCAUACUGGUCCCAAGGCGCAAAAAAGCAAUAUUAUAUAUCAAAAAGAUGUUCUGAGAAGGAAGAAUGCAUUAUUAUGAGGCAACGCAAUAUGCCUCUGUGUACUCAUAUUUGGUAUCAAGACUGGGUGUGUUCAGAUUGCUGCCAAGGUGAUAGAUGCAACUACUACAUAAUUAGUGGCAGUGGAACAAUUAAACCUAUUUUAGGUGUUUUAUUGGGAGCACUGUUAAUUAUAAGAAGUAAGUUAAUAGUUUGAAAAUCAAUAAUUAUCUAUGACUAAUU